CUAGUUUUAAAAGUCCGCAUCCCGCACGUCUUCUCUCUUGAACCCAGCAUGGCAGACAAUCUUGCUACACCGGAAUUUUUUGCAGAGGAAGCUGCAAUUCUUCGGUUUUACAACAUUGAUACCCUAGAGCCCGAAGAAUGGAUUGACGAAGUGUAUGGAAGUCGCCCCACUUCCCACCUUGGAUCCGCCAACAAGCAUCUUUCGCGGUCGGUCGAAUCCGGCCCUAAUCCACACCACGAUUAUGUUGACGAGAACGAUUUGCAGGUACAAGAUGAUACUGAUCCUCUUGGUAUCAGGAAGUCAAUCUUCAGUGGAACAAACCGUCAAAGCAUCGCACGGAAUGUGAACUUUAUGGAGAUUAAAGAGCGCUCAUCGUUGAUCACAUCCAACAAAUCUUUCAAUCCCCGAAGUUUCCUGCUGCAGGUGCACAAGGAUACCUCUUAUGAGGAUCUAGUCGUUGGACUCCAGAGACUGAACGUCACUAUCGACCAACGCUCGGACGCACUCAAAUCUCUCGUACACUCUAACUUCGAUCGCUUUGUGAGUGCAAAGAAUACAAUCGAUCAUAUCCACGAUGAGAUGAGGUCGAAGAAUUUAAACGAGCAAGAAGAAUACGGCACCAAGAAAUUGCAUGGCUAUCUAAUAGAUGUGAAUGCCCAGGCGGAGAAAAUCUAUGGACCCAUUGUUGAACGCCGAGGCAAAGCUGAAAAAGUACGCACUACCUUGAAUAUUUUGGAACGUUACAAGUUCUUCUUUAGUCUUCCUAGUGGGCUACUUGAAUCGAUAAAGCAGGGAAAAUACGAAACUGCUAUCAGGGACUAUAAAAAGGGAAAAUACCUGUAUCAAACGCUAAAAGGAGAAAGCGUUUCCCAUAACGAUGCUACCGAUAUUGGUAUCAACAUUACGGAUGUAGAAAAGGACUCUGGUCUGACAGAUCUUCAUCGCAAAGUGUUUGACAAAGUUUGGGUGGAAGUGGAUAAGAUUGUCGUGGAGCUACGUGGUAUUUUGUUCAAAAUGCUGGAAGAUCCUUGGCAACCUAUAGAAGAACAAGAGAAGACCAUCAACUAUAUUUUCGAUUUGGACACCACAGAGGAUCCAGCAUGGUUUUAUCUGAACAGCCAGUAUAAAUGGAUUACAACGCAAUUGACAAACACCUUUAAUGAAUCUGUUCGAAAGGUUGAUGUGUGGAAGGCCAAUAUAUACGGUGAAGAAUCGGAUGUCGCUCGUAGCUUGUCAUUGAAGAAUGCAACAUCUCAUAUUCACUUGAGAGACUCUGAUUUCGGCGCUGAAAGUGACCCAGAGCUGAAAGCAUGGCGAGCUAUACUUGACCUUGUCAAGACGACCUCUAAUCUGUUGCUUCGAUGUCUCCCUGACUUUUGGAAACUAUCAACGUCGUUUAUAGAAGGAAAAUUUGCUGCCAAAGAUACCCAGAAGGCUACGGCAAGCACAAGACGAAAGCGACAAGGUGUCGAUUUAGGCAAAGUCGAUCAGUGCCAGGUCAUGGCUAAGGAAAUUGUCAAUCUUUACGCUAAACUGUUAUCCAACUACUUUGAGUUGGAUGCCGGCCGUCCUGCAAUGUCCAACGCCGCAACUGAUCUUUCUUCCAUCCCAUUACCAAAGUUUUUACCCAAAAAUGCCAAUUCUGUUCACGUAUCUGACUACCUCACGCGCAUCAUUGGAGAAUUGGCAAACUGCGUGAAUGAUAUCAACCUCAUUAAUUUGGCAGGCGAAGCGUUCUCGGGACUGACUGAAUUGAUGGAACAAACCCGCUGGAAGUUUGUCGAAUGCAUCUGCAAAUGCUGGGCUCGAGAUGCCAAAACAUUCUAUCUUUUGGAGGACUGGGCUUUGGAUAACGAGAUUUCCGAGUACACUAAUCUCCUUCGACACUUUUACGAAUACCACAAGUAUUGUUCAAGAUCCGCGUACAAGAUCAGUAGUCUUAGUGCAGUGACGGACAAUCAAAGGCAUGAAAUCACAAAGGAAUUCCUCAAAAUAAUACGCGAUACCUUCCUGGAGUCAAUGUACUCCUUCUUGGAUGGACUGGUCCAUUUGGCAUUCUCUGAUUACACGCCACUUCAGGGUGAAGAAGAAGAACUCAAUUUGACGAGAAAGAGAGGAAAUAUUGAUGUUCAUUCUAUGGACGUACGUAUUCUUCUCACAGUCAGCAAUCUUUCUCGCUUGAAAUCACAUAUUAUUCGAAAACUUUUGGGAUUGUUCGAAGCUGCAUACAACUGCAGUAUGGAAGAUGAGUUAAAGACCCUUAUUGAUGUUGUGGAUCAGCUGGACGGCAUUUUAUUUGAGGAUUACAUCAAGCGCAAGUCUGCUGUCAUCAACGAAAUCAUUACCAACGGUAUUCUCAAAGGUGGCAUUGAUUGGUAUAACAUUUCGAAACCUACCGAAGUUCAUCCGUUCGUGUAUGAAGCGCUCAUGUCUAUGGUCAUGGUACAUUCCCAAGUCACCGGCGUUUCCAAAUCGCUUGUGUACCGAGCGCUAUCAUCUCUGUUGGAGAACAUGGCUGGUGACUGUCUGGAGAGCUUUAGACAAGUAGAACGGUUCGGUAUGGGAGGCAUGCUGCAGGCUACCUUAGAAAUUGAAUUCAUGCACCAAACGCUUUCGCAAUACGUGACGUCGCAAGCAUCUGAAAUACUACAACAAAUAUACCAAACCAUUGAGCAAGCAUAUGACCCACAACAGCAACAUGCUGGAAACCUCCAAAACGAACUGAGUAGCGUGAAGAAGCUACUAGUGGAUAGCCGAAAAAGUACUGUAGUCCAAUACUUGUGUUUCAAACAAGUCAAAGAGCGCAAGAAGGACCCCCAAUAAUUCAAUGUAGCUAGCUAUUACCCUUGUAUUAAUAAAUUGUCGUCGUCUCUAAUAGAAAUGGAUUAGUACAAGUUU